CGCUGUCCCUGUCCAUAGUAUAUAUCCCCCCACCUCGUAUGUUCCCCGCAUCGCUCUAGCACUCCUCCUCGACCUCCGCCCCCAGUCCUUGGCUGUGCCCCCAGACGCGUCUGCGCUUGUCCAUCAUUCUCGCACCUUCCGUUCCGUAGCAUCCGUUCCAAAAUGACUGUCAUGACCAUGUCUGCCGCACCCUCCUCCCUCAACCCUGCCUCCGUCCGGCCACACGUCUCGUCUCCCCUCGCGUCGAACGCUCUCCCACGGCCACCACGGAUGACCGCCAAGGGCCCCUCCUUCCCCACCUCACGCCCGCUGCGACCAUUCCCCUCCAUCGCAAACACCUUCCAGGGCGCCUCCACGCGGCCCGGCAGCGCAUCGUCGAAAAAGCCUGUCAAAAUCAUCCAGCCGCCAGCCGACUUCAAGUGUGCGUUCGUGCUGAACCUCACGCAGGCAGAGUUCAGCAGGCAGGAUUGAGAGUGUUGCUUAUACCCCGGGCCCACCCAUUCACGUUACUUAUUACCCUGCGACUCCUUCGCUCCUCGGGGGCCACUUGUAUACGUAGAGCUUAUCGUGUGCCCUUUCGGUCUUCAUGCGUUCCCGACCAUGUAACCCGCGUCAGCCUUGCCUCUCUUUCUGGCGGCGCGGCGACCCCCUUGGCUUCACGUUAUACGCAUGACUGUUGUGUUUAUAUUUGCAUCCUCUUCCACCAUACAACAUGGGUACUCGCACGUCACGAUUUUACCUGGAGGUG